UUUUAGAGAGAGGUCGGUCAAUACGGUUCGGUUCUCGGGGAAGGUUUAUAUUUUGGCAAAUAAUCACCAACAAAUGCAUCAAAAUUCGGGAAUAGUGACGUAAAAAUAGAAACAAAUGAUUAAAAAGUGAACUGGAAUUAAAUUCAAGUCUCAAUAAUCGCCCAGUGAAUGAAAUACUUAGUUCUGAUUACGUACUUAUAUCACCGCAAAUCUGUGCAAAAAAUUUGUUCUCUGCAGCGUCAAAAACGAGAAUAUCGAUCAAGUGCAGAUUUCACAUUUGAUAACCUUUGACUGUUUCCAUAUUUUAAUCUAUAAGAUCCACUCACGAACGCUGAACGCCGAUUAUGCGCCUGGAUGAGCUGGUAGCGUGGUACCAGAAAAAGAUCGGCACAUACGACAAGCAGCAAUGGGAGAAAACGAUCGAGCAGAAGAUUUUGGCCGGCAUCAACCACCUCCCACUUAAGAACACCAAGCUCAAAACCGAACUGAUCGAUGUAGAUUUGGUGCGCGGUUCGACCUUUCCCAAGGCCAAGUCCAAACUUUCCAUCCUGACUGUGAUCUACCUUGCCGCUCUGAGACUGCUCCUGCUGCCAAUCUAUGCCAGAUGGUGGGUUCAGCAAACCUCUCCGAGGGUAUUCGUCCUCCUACUUGCCCUAUACCUACUUCAGAUGAUCAACCUCGGCAUCUACAGCUACAAUGUGAACAAAACCGGUGCCGAUCAGGAGGAGCACAUCGUAUCGAUGUCGGAUUUCCUGAUCCCGAUGGCGCUGAGUCUACUGCUCAGCGUGAUCCACUCACAGAUCGUGGCCACUGGGUCGCACAACAACAGUCUCUGCCUAAAAAUGAAGAAAUGUCGGUCCCAUUCCACGCUCAAGAAACGCGAACGAAUACGAAGGAAGAGGCGAGCACGAAUGGCUCAACCGGGAUCGGGAGAGUCGACUACCACCACCGCCACCACCAAUACCAGUAGGCCGUCCAACGAGGACCCCGACCCACGGACAAAGGCCAAGGGUUUGCGUGGCAGUGCGUCGAGAUCUCCGUCCGGUUCACCGGCGCGGACCGCCAAAAAGCAAGGGGCUUGUAGCACCAGCAGCAGCACUAGCAGCGACACAUUGGCGACGGGUGGAAAAGCGAACUGUGGGAGAAUAGACGAAAUCAGGAAUCUAGAAAUUAGGAAAUCAGAUUUGGACUUGGGCUCACCGAAGAAGACGAUCAACGGAACAGUUGUUCGUCGAUCAACGGUGGAUAGCGUUUGCAAUGAUUCGAUGAACAACGAAUGUGACAUUGCCAAUGCAGAAGUGGAUGAUGAUUCAGUUUUUCUCGAUUCGAGCUACAACAAUGAAACAACGCCUGCACCCAAAGUCGUCAUACAUCGAACAAUAGAUCCGAUCUCGAAUGACCUGCCAACGCCAGACCCAUCACAGCCAGGGUGCUCCUUGCGCAGGCGGAAAGUGAACUGGGGCCCCCAAAUACCCACCAACAAUACCAACGCUGCACCCGCUGUAGCAAACUUGAGCGUUAACCAACCGGAAGCGACCGUUGAUGACGACGGGUUUGAAAGCCUAAACGGAAAGAGUUCCGGUGGAGAAGACAGCUCGAACGCGGGUGGAUCAUCCGAAACAUACUACAACAAGAAGCUCCCGUACACCAACACCUGGAUAAACGGCAUCGAGAAGGACACCCGAUCCGACAGUGACACGGAUACUCUUCGCAAUACUCCAACCUCUACUAGUCAUGAACAAUGUGGCGGAAGUUUGCCACAGGCGACCUCAAACCUACCCCCGGGAAAACCCCGUCGGCACCUAUCAUCCGAAUCGGGUAUAGAACUUCAACGGCACGACCGUAGCAAAUCCCCACUGCUGCUGUUAGACGACAGUGCCACCAACUGCGGUUCGGUUGAUGCCGAUGGAGAAUCGAAGGGCAGCGGUUUCGACGAGAACCUGGAGUCCAGCGGGGACACCGACGAGGAAAACGAUUUUGACCUCCAUCAAACCGAGUCUAGUCAUCAUCUUCAUCACCAUGCUCACCAUCACAGUCACCACCAUCACCUGCACCAUCAGCAUUUGUCAGAAGGUACGAUUUGCGACUGCGACUUACAUUUCGCCAGCACCGAUAGUGAGGAAUGUAGUUAUAGUUCAGAUCUCAAUCACUCGGAUGGUCAAAACGAACACUCAGAUGACGACUAUGAUUUGGAAGACGCUCCGACGAUAAUUCUCAAUCCUCCAUGCGGUGCAACCGAUAGGGUAAGCUGCACCAUAUGGGACGCCCGCGAAGCCAAAAAGGCGGAAAUGUCCGUCCUGGAUAUCUCAUCGGCCAUCAUCGAACGCGUCGAAGCCAUGCCGGAAACGUGCGAUUACGUCUACAUCGGAGUCGUGCUGAGCAUCAUUCUGUCUCUGAUACCGGCCUUCUGUCGAUUAUGCGAGGCAACCGUCGACUCGUCCAGCUCAACCGAACUGAACUUCCUCGAGUUGCCGGUCCUACUCCUGGAGAAGGCUUCCUUCUCGUGCAUCGCCAUUCUGCGGUUCGCCUUCGGAGAAUCUAACUGGGAGAAAACGGUCCUUGUGCUGGGCUUCAUCGUUCGGCUAUGUUUGACCUACUUGGUGUUUUUUCUGCUCGCCGUAGCCGAACGCACCUUCAAGCAGAGGUUCCUCUACGCCAAACUUUUUUCACACCUUACGUCUUCUCGGAGGGCGCAGAAGUCCGGCAUUCCGCACUUCCGGCUCAACAAGGUGCGGAACAUCAAAACCUGGCUGUGUGUGCGCUCCUAUCUGAAACGACGCGGUCCCCAGAACUCGGUGGACGUGAUCGUUUCGGCUGCAUUUAUUAUCACACUGCUGUUGUUGGCAUUCCUCAGCGUUGAGUGGUUGAAGGAUUCCGUACAUCUCCACUCGCAGUUCAACUUGGAGGCACUGGUGUGGUCCUGUGCUUUCGGAACGUUCCUGUUACGUUUCAUGACGCUCGGUACCAAGAUUAACAAGAAGUACAAAAGUGUCUCGGUGUUGAUCACCGAGCAGAUCAAUCUCUACGUUCAAAUUGAACAGAAGCCAAACAAAAAGGAGGAACUGAUGAUCUCCAACAAUGUGCUCAAGCUGGCAGCAGAUUUACUCAAGGAACUGGAAUCUCCCUUCAAAAUAUCGGGCCUCAGCGCCAACCCGUACCUCUACACCACCGUCAAAGUGGUCAUCCUGUCCGCACUGUCCGGUGUCCUCAGCGAAAUGCUCGGCUUCAAGCUCAAGCUGCAUAAAAUUAAGAUAAAAUAAACUACUCGUCUGGAUCGAUGUGUUUUCUUGUUUAGUAUUGCCAACCGGUACGUACUCCCUUCGAAAUAGCGAAGGACUCGAGACAGCUCAGCAUUAGUUUGUUCACACCCCAAGCAGCCAGCAGUCGUCGUAAGUAGUUCGUAGUGUUAUAGCCGUAGAUUAGAUCAAUUGUAGAGCAAUAAUUCGAACAAAAUCGAAACAGAGCCGAAUUCGUAGUUUCUCAUUAGUACAGUUGGGUACGUACGUACACGUUGAUACGUUAAAUCUUAGGUCUUAGAGACUCUUUUAGAAGAACAGAUGUAGGUUUACUCACAAUAGCAAAAUGUUCUGAUUGUGCGUGGACUUUCUUCCCCUCUCGAGUGCGAACGAAGACGGCGCAGUAACUGUCGAUAAGUUUUAGAUAGUCUGAUAAAGUGGUAUUUUUCGAUGGACUAUUUCUAUUUUAGGACGUACAUUCGAAGAUAGUGAAUAUGAUUAUGAGAUACUUUGUGAGAUAAUAAAAAUGGUGUACAAUGUUGA